AUGUCAUCACAGCCACCGUCACGAGGCGGUGGUGGUGGUGGUGGUGGUACGAUGACUUGGGCACCAUCUAGACGUCUCGUAAUCACAAACGAUGUGCCACAGAUUGUUGUCGCGAACGUGGCAACACCACGGAGUCAUGAUCGGGGCGGAACCGCCUUCUCCUCGUAUUCGACACGUGGCACGAGCUCAUCGAAUACACGUGGAGGAUUUCAGAAUGGUCGAGGUGGUGCGAACACCAGUUAUCAGCUUAGAAAUUCGGCUGCCGCACAGCGUGGUGGUGCGAAUUGCUAUGCUUGGAGAGGUGGAACCAGCACUGUAUCAAAUCGUGGAGGGACCGUACCUGUCACCACUUUCUAUCGUGGAGCAAAUAUGUGUCAAACGCGACCAAGCUUCUACACCCGCAAUCCAGUCUCGUCAACAAUCCAGCUUCCGGCCACAAAUUCUCGUUCGCCGCAAAGCGAUGCGGCCACCGCUGCGGCAGCGGCACCGAAACUCUUCCCAAUGCCACAAACGCUGGCGCCAACACCGCCGUUCACCGACGGAAUUCCCACGAUACCGUUACAGUAUGCGGUUCCGAUGAGACGUGUAGUACAUCAAAUUCAACCGUUACCACCACGUCGUGACAUUCGUUUCUCUACGCCAACCCCAAUAAUGAUGUCGAAGAAAGCACCGAUAGGUGUAGAUGUGUCGUGUGGCAGCACAAACGCUGAUGGAAAUGGUCGUGGUGGAGGCGUCUCCGAGAACGCUAGUCGCGCCACAGAAACAACACCGACGAGCCAAACAGCAGGCGAUCAAAGUCGCGGCGAUAGUGAGGGGGAUGAGGAGGACGGGAGAACGUCACCGGAUGUGUUGUCGACAUCGUUGAGAAGCAACGAAGAUACAUGGGAUUUUUGGGAUCGUGUCUAUAGUGAUCCAGAACUGCGACAAAGCAUGCAAGAACGGCAGCGUGACUCUCCAAUGGCAGAAUUGCUGCACUCAGAUAAGCUUUGUAAAGCACAACUGGUGUUUUUGAACGUUCCACGAUUGGCUUACGGCCAACAACAUAUUGUUCGCAGCUUAAUUCACAAGGAGAUUAAUUCAAAUCUACCCAUUCUGGAUAUUAAUAUCACUUACAGGAAAUGGAAUGUUCGGUUCUACCGCAGUGAGGAUGCCGUGCAAGUGCUGCGUCAUUUCAAUGGUUUCUCAUUCAGAAAUCAUAAGUUGCUAGUUAGAGCUUGUCAGAACAACGCGGCGUUUGGCGAUGUAUCUUCACUAGAAGAAGCAGCACAACAGGAAAGUGAGGAACGUCGUACCGUCCCGGGCACUUCCUCUGAAAAUCGAACGGAACACGAUUCAAUUUGGACCUUAGCUGAAUGGAAGGAUAUCGUGGAGUUCAAAAAAGACUUGGUGUCAAUUCUUGAAGGUAAACAAGCGGGUAUGGUAUUGAGUGAAGCUCUCAGUGAGGCACACGUAACCCAACGUCGUGGAAUCGUUUCUGCUGCAGCCGAACUAUGGCCUACUGGAUUCAUCCGUAUUUUCUUGCCUGAGAUAAAAGCAAUUGGACGUUGUGUUUGUUUAGCAGGUCACGAAGAUAUGGCAGCACUUGUACGAAGAGCAGCUCAAGAGGGAACACCAAGAUUGAUGACAGACACAUGGGAACCAAUACCACCGUCUGAAAUUCGUACCGAACAACAUAUGCUCAGCUAUUUGGCAGCAUUUUUGGGACAUUUUGGACCACAACAUACGAUUAUCGACAUACCAAUACGAUUACUAUUGAAAUCACUUUCCGGGAAUUGGCCUACCACAGGACCAGCAUUGGCUGAAUGGGCAACAAAGAGAUCAUAUCAAUUUAUUGUAAUGUUUGAAGUACUAUAUCUAGCAUCUAGCAUUCGACAUCGUCGUAUUUUAGUUGAAGCAGUGCAGCCUUUAUCCUCUCUGAAGUUUAAGUUCGUCAAUCCUGCCAAUAGAUGUUGA